GUUGGUUCGCCACCCACCAUAAAACCAGAAGAAGAAGAACCACUGAAGAAAGAAAGGAGACUGAGCACUCAGACGAUGCUGAGCAUGAAAGCGCAGGUGGAUGUGGUCUGCUGUAAAUCAGUAGGAACUGAUCUGUCCAUGCUGGAUAUUGAGGAUUUCAUCACAGAAAUCUGUCAGCUGAAGAAAGAGGUGGCUUCACUGGAGGCAAAGCUGAGAGAAAGAGGAGACCAACUGAACAGAGAGGAUGUGGAGCAGGUUUCAGUGCGUGCGGCUGAUGGGACAGAAGCUCAGGAUUCAGUCUGGAGCGUCAGAGAUCAGAGAUCCAGAGACACACAGGACUCAGAGCUCAGCCUCACUUUACUCUGUUAUACUGACGCUCAGGAUCAUGAAUCCACUGAUCAAACCUCUGACUGUAACGCUGGAGAACAGCAGAUGCUGCAGACGCCGCUGAAGAUGUGCUCCGUCAAACUGCUGGACUGCAGGAACCUGAUGGAGAGCCGAGGAGAAGAAACCACCGCAGAGAAAGAACAACAACACAGUGAUGAGGAAGAGGAGGAGGAGGAUGAGAAUAAUGGGGAUGAUGAUGAAGGUGACUUUGUUCCUUCAGACAAUGCUGGAGAAACUGCAUCUACAUCCAAAGAGCGAUGGACAGUGACGGACUGUGGAAAGAAAUUCAGCAAACAGGGUCAUUUAAUGAGACAUGAGAAAAAACACAGAGAACAGGAAGACUUCAUUAGCAAGAGUUUUCCUACCUUAGCAGAUAAAACACUUCAUUCAAAAGAGCACCGCGUGAAGAAGGAGUUUCGCUGUGAACAGUGCGGGAAGGAUCUUUUCACCACUCUUCAUUGUAUGAGAGCUCAUAUAAAGACACACGAGGAAAAGUCUUUCCAGUGCAACGAAUGUAGCAAGUUUUUCCGCAACAAUAGUAAACUUUCUAUUCACAAGAGGAUCCACACGGGUGAAAAGCCAUACAAGUGCCCUCACUGCGAGAAGAGCUUCACCCAGGGCUCUAAUCUGAAGGACCAUCUAUUUACACACACCAACGAAAGGCCGCAUCAGUGCAGUGAAUGUGGCAAGUUGUUCAACAUCAAACAAAAUCUUUCACGUCAUAAGAGGGUCCACACGGGUGAAAAGCCAUACAAGUGUCCUCACUGCGAGAAGAGCUUCACCGAGGGAUCUAGUCUGAAGAAACAUGUGCGUUUGCACAGCAAUGAGAGACCGUAUCAGUGCAGUGAAUGUGGGAAAACCUUUAUAAGCUCAGGUUCUCUAAAUUUUCACCAAAAAGUACACUCUGAUGACAAACCGUAUCAGUGUUCACACUGUGAGAAACGUUUCCAUCAUUUGAGUCACAUGAAAACCCACGAGAGGACUCACACCGGAGAGAAACCGUACCUGUGCUCCGACUGCGGGAAGAGCUUUUCUAGUUCAUUUUCUUUAAAAGUUCAUCUGAGAAUUCACUCGGGAGAAAGACCGUAUCCCUGUAGUGAUUGUGGGAAGAGGUUUUAUAAGCUAAGUGAUUUAAAAAAACACCAGAGGACUCAUACAAGAGAAAAACCUUUUAAAUGCUCACUUUGUGACAAGACUUUCGCUGUAUCAACUUCCCUGAAGAUCCAUAAACGAAUGCAUACAGGAGAGAAACCUUACUGCUGCUCCAUCUGCGGCGAGAGAUUCGCUUUUAAAUGGGGUUUUCAGACACACAAGAAGAAACACGCUGCCCCAGAAUCAUCAUAGCUUCAUCAUUUUAGGUUGUGUAAAAAUGUAGUGCUACGGGAACAUUAUUUUAUGGUUGUAAAAAAUAACCCCUUAAACUAAAAUGUCUCUAGAACAUUAUUUACUGGGUAGAAAUAAAUCGUUUGGAUGUAAAUUCACUGUAAUGUGCAGAUCAGUGUCUGAUAUUGGAUUUUUGAACUGAGCUGGACAGUGACAUCACUGAAUAAACAAUGAACUGACUUUAGCU